AUUGCGGUUCGGUUUAUAAGCGUAACCUAAAAUAAACCGAUCGGUUUGAUCUAGUUAUAAGUUGAACUAAACCCUAAAUCGGUUUCGUAAAAUCUCUCUCCCAGCCUCUUCUUCGUCUUCUUCCUCAAUAGAAUCGGGUUCUCUCUUCUCCGAAUCUAUUCUCAACUUUUCUGACUAAUCUUCGUCUUCAUCACCAUCUCUCGGAGUUCUUUCGAGCCGAUCGCGUCGUAAGUGGUUUAGGAAUGUUCUAUCUAAGUGAGCUGGAACAUUCACUAAGAGUGCCUCCGCAUCUACUUAACCUCCCACUCGAAGAUGCCAUUAAGUCAGUGCUUCAGAAUCUCUUCUUGGACAAGGUUUUAGCAGAUUUAGGGCUUUGCGUAUCUGUUUACGACAUUAAAUCAGUAGAAGGAGGCUUUGUUUUACCCGGUGAUGGUGCUGCCACCUAUAAGGUAGUUUUUAGAAUUGUUGUCUUUCGUCCAUUUGUUGGUGAGGUCAUAGCUGCAAAGUUCAAAGAGUCUGACGCCAAUGGCUUGCGCUUAACACUUGGAUUCUUUGAGGACAUCUAUGUGCCAGCUCCACUUAUACCGAUACCUAACCGCUGUGAGCCUGACCCUUAUAAUAGGAAGCAAAUGAGAUGGGUCUGGGAGUUUGACGGUCAAGACUAUAUUAUCGAUGAUUCCUGUCAGAUUAAGUUUAGAGUUCAGAGCAUCAGUUAUCCAUCAGUUCCAACUGAGCGUGCUGAAGACGCAAAGCCUUUUGCUCCUAUGGUGGUCACUGGGAAUAUAGAUGAUGACGGUUUAGGUCCUGUUUCGUGGUGGGAGAAUUUUGACCAGAUUGAUGAAGAAGAGGAGUGAGGAGGGUCUGAGACCGAAUCUAUGCAUAUAUUAGAUGAAAUAAUAACCGAUGAUGAUGAUAGUCAUGGCGACAAACUUGUAUCCUCUCCAAUUUUGAUAAAAACUAAAGAUCUCUUCAGUCUAGUUUUUGCCUGAUCUAUUAAGUUAUGAAAACUUAAUUUUUUUUCCUAUGUAAUGUAAAAAAAGCAAUGA